CUUAGCAGCUUACACAAUUACUAUCGAUAUACUUCAAGCUGUAUCUCUUUUCAGUCAAAUUCCGACACCACAAUGGAAGAUACACAAGAUACGCAAGAUACACAAGAUGCCAAAGGUCCAUAUAAAAAAUGGUCUGACCCUCAACACAAGAUGUUAUUGCGUCUGCUAGUAGACGCAAUCAAUCAUGGUUUUCGUGAUGCUAAUGGCAAGUUUAACAAAUUAACGGUGGAAACAAGAAUAUUACCACCUAUAAACAAACAGCUUGGAGCUAAGAAAACCUACAGUGAGUACCGAAAUAGGAUGAAGAUCUUGAAGGGUAGGUACAAAAUCAUGGCGGAACUUCUUCGUUUUAGUUCAGGGUUUGGGUGGGAUCCUGAAACGAAGAAAUUCACCGCUAGCGAUGAAGUCUGGGAUGACUAUUUGAAGGCUCAUCCAAACAAAACAAAUAUGCGUAAUGAGUCAUUUGAAGAUUUUGAAGAUUUAAGAAUGAUAUUUGGAUCUAAUACUGCAACUGGGCUUAAUGCUGUGGGUUUAGGCGAUACCGUUGAUGCAGAUUCUUACCAAGUUAGACAGAAUGACGAGAUAAAUGAUUCCAAUCGUGGGCAAAUAAUGGAUGAUGUGGACGGAAUACCCUACGCAGAGAAAUCUGUGCAUGACGUUUUCUCUUCAUUAGAGAAAAGCAGGUUAGAAAAGCUUCCUCACCGAAAGAAACCUAGAACUGAUGCAUUUAAUUCGAACAAGGCUUUUGAUGAAGUGAACACAGUGACAGAAUUCGGUAAUCAGAUUUUUGGCAUGAUACAAAGAAGAUGGGAAAAAGAAAAUGAAGAAAAAGAAGCUGAAGACAAAGCUGAUAAUGUGUGGAAUGCUAUUACAGAAAUUCCUGAUUUGACCAACGAUUUGCGUUACGAAGCCAUGACGUUGAUUCACAGCUUAGGUAUGAAAUCUGGAUUCUUGCAUAUGUCCAUAGAAGAUCGUAAGGGAUGGAUUAUGCAAAACCUUCGUAAACCAAGUGAAUGAAGUUUGAUGCAUCAAACAUGGAAUACGGAUGAUUUUUAUUUU